UUCGCAAGAUGUCUGCGAUCAGGCAUCGACCGUUGGGGCCCGGAGCAUCUGGCGAAAGUGACGACAACAAUUCAGAUGACGACAGCACGCCGCUUACGCAGGAUAUCUACAAUGCAAGUCAACGAACUGUACAGGAAACCAAAGGAUGGGACGUCUUUCGAGAUCCCCCAAUCAAAAUCGACAGCGGCUCCAUGGCGAAUCAGGCGUGCAUGGAACUCACCGCAAAAAUCUUAAAAGUCGUAGCUUACCUAAUUACCUUCGUCAUUGUCCUCAUUGGGGGCGUCGUAGCAAAAGGCUGUGUGAUAUUUAUGGCAGCGCAACUAAAACGUGAUAAAAAGAUUUUAUAUUGUAAUAAGGACUUGAGUCGCGACAAAACAUUCCAAGUUGGAUUACCCGAGGAAGAACGCGUCGCCUGGAUGUGGGUGAUAAUGUUCGCAUUUGCCGUACCUGAGAUCGGUUUAUUGAUCCGAUCCAUGCGUAUUUGCUUCUUCAAAUCGUGGAAAGCGCCCACAAAGUCACAUUUCAUGCUGAUUUUCCUCAUGGAGUGCUUUCACAUUUUAGGCAUAGUUUUGCUCCUGUUUGUCGUCAUUCCGGAAUUGGAUUCUGUGAAAGCGGCAAUGCUCACGAAUUGUCUCUGCGUGAUACCGGGAAUUCUCGGAUUGCUUUCGCGCACGACAAAGGAAGGGCGACGCGCUGUAAAAGUCAUCAUAGAUUUAGCAGCAGUUGCGGCGCAAGUUACGUCAUUCUUCGUUUGGCCUCUUUUGCAAGAUGGUUUAACGCUGUGGCUGAUUCCCGUCGCUUGUUUGAUGGUUUCGUGCGGUUGGUGGGAAAAUUAUGUGUCAUCGCAGAGCCCUUUUGGAUUUGUACGAGCAAUGGGACGAGUAAAAGAUGAAAUGAAGGCAACGCGAUAUUUCAUCAACAUGUUCCUGACAGUUUGGAAGGUUUUCUUUUUCUUCGUUUGUGUCACGUUUGUGCUGUAUUUCCAAGGCGAAGAUCCCGGAAGUUUGUUUAAUUUGUUCAGCAAUGGAUUUGGCCCGCAUAAAAUUCAAAUUGAAGAGUUGGCGGAAAAUUAUCAAAAGUUGUCGGAUAUUGAUGUUAAGCAGAUUGCCGAUACUCAUCUCAUCGACGCAGAUUACAAUACAGCAGUUUACGUGUUGAUCAUCCAAAUAAUCGCUGCCUACAUUUGCUUCAUUUUCGGCAAAUUUGCGUGCAAAAUCAUGAUUCAAGGAUUCAGUUAUGCGUUUCCGGUUAACAUGACAAUUCCCGUUUCGAUUUCUCUCAUUCUUGCCGCUUGCGGGCUCCGAACUGAAGAUCCCUGCUUCUAUCACGGAACAAUUCCCGACUAUUUGUUCUUCCAAAGUCCCGAGGAAUUCAACAUUAGCGAUUUGGCAUCGAAACAAAUGGCUUGGGCAUGGUUAUUAUGGCUUUUGUCACAAAUUUGGAUCACUUUGCACAUUUGGACUCCAAAAUGUGAACGUUUAGCUACGACAGAAAAAUUAUUUGUGACUCCGAUGUACAGUUCGUUGCUUAUUGACCAAUCGAUGGCUUUGAAUCGUCGUCGUGACGAUCAAGCGGAUUGUAAAACGGAAGAUUUGGCGGAAAUUGAGAAGGAAAAAGGCGAUGAAUAUUACGAGACAAUUUCGGUUCACACUGAAACAUCAAAUGCUCGUCCAAAUAUCAAAUCUUCGGAUCACAUUACGAGAAUUUACGCGUGCGCUACUAUGUGGCAUGAGACAAAAGACGAGAUGAUAGAGUUCUUGAAAAGUAUCAUGCGAAUGGAUGAAGAUCAGUGUGCACGACGAGUUGCUCAAAAGUACCUCAGAGUUGUUGAUCCUGACUAUUACGAAUUCGAAACUCACAUUUUCUUCGAUGACGCCUUUGAAAUUUCAGAUCACAGCGAUAACGACAUCCAAACGAAUCGUUUCGUGAAAUUACUUGUACAAACAAUCGAUGAAGCAGCGUCGGAUGUUCAUCAAACCAACAUUCGUUUAAGAGCGCCGAAAAAAUAUCCAACCCCAUAUGGAGGGAGACUUUCAUGGACUUUGCCUGGAAAAACGAAGAUGAUUGCUCAUUUGAAGGACAAAGACAGAAUUCGGCAUCGUAAACGUUGGUCUCAAGUCAUGUACAUGUACUACUUACUCGGGCAUCGUCUCAUGGAACUCCCAAUUUCCGUCGAUCGUAAAGAAGUUAUUGCGGAAAAUACGUACUUGUUAACUCUCGAUGGCGAUAUUGAUUUCCAACCCUCAGCUGUGACACUGUUGAUCGAUUUAAUGAAGAAAAAUAAAAAUCUCGGAGCGGCUUGCGGGCGUAUUCAUCCUAUCGGAAGCGGACCAAUGGUAUGGUAUCAGAAAUUCGAAUAUGCAAUUGGUCAUUGGCUUCAAAAGGCAACGGAACAUAUGAUUGGAUGUGUGCUUUGUAGUCCCGGAUGUUUCUCACUUUUUAGAGGAAAAGGUUUGAUGGAUGAUAAUGUCAUGCGGAAAUACACAACACGUUCGGAUCAGGCUCGGCAUUACGUGCAAUACGAUCAGGGCGAAGAUAGAUGGCUUUGUACACUUUUGCUUCAACGGGGAUAUCGGGUUGAAUAUUCUGCUGCGUCGGAUGCUUAUACACAUUGUCCUGAAGGUUUCAACGAAUUCUACAAUCAACGUCGUCGAUGGGUACCGUCAACAAUCGCUAACAUCAUGGAUUUGCUCAUGGAUUCAAAGAGAACGAUCAAAGUUAAUGACAACAUCUCCCUUUUGUACAUUUUCUACCAAAGUAUGUUGAUGGGAGGCACAAUUCUCGGUCCCGGAACUAUAUUUCUUAUGUUGGUUGGUGCCUUUGUCGCUGCUUUCAAAAUUGACAAUUGGACUUCAUUCUAUUACAACAUCAUCCCGAUUUUGCUCUUCAUGUUGAUCUGUUUCACGUGCAAAGCGAAUAUUCAACUUCUGGUUGCUCAGAUACUCUCGACGGCAUAUGCGUUAGUUAUGAUGGCGGUAAUUGUCGGUACGGCAUUGCAAUUAGGCGAGGAUGGAAUCGGCAGUCCUUCAGCUAUUUUCUUGAUAGCGAUGACGGGUUCGUUCUUUAUAGCAUCGUUACUGCAUCCGCAAGAGUUUUGGUGUAUAUCGGCUGGAUUAAUUUAUUUGCUGUCAAUUCCAUCUAUGUACUUGUUGUUGAUUUUGUACUCGAUCAUCAACUUGAAUGUCGUAUCAUGGGGAACGCGUGAAGUUGUCGCGAAGAAGACGAAAAAAGAGCUCGAAGCAGAGAAGAAAGAAGCGGAAGAAGCAGCAAAACGAGCAAAACAGAAAUCUUUGUUGGGAUUCUUGCAAGGCGCGAGUGGAAGUAAUAACGACGAAGAAGGUUCGAUUGAUAUUUCGAUCAACGGAUUGUUCAGAUGUCUCUUGUGUACGCAUGGAAAAACGAGCGAAGAAAAGGCACAACUUAUUCACAUCGCCGAUGCUUUGCAAGAUAUGAGCAAAAAACUCGACAAUUUGGAGAAACAUAUCGAUCCUCAUGGACAUCAUUCACGUCGCAGAACAACAAGCGCCGGAUCUCGCGAUCAUCGAGAACAUCAUCAUUUGGGAUCUGUUGCUGAAGGAACAGAAGAUGAAAGUGACGAAUCCGAAUCAGAAACUUCAACAGCUCCGCAUGAAGAACGUGAUUUCUUGACGAAUCCAUAUUGGAUUGAAGAUCCAGACCUCAAAAAAGGCGAAGUUGACUAUCUCUCAAGUGCUGAAAUUCAAUUCUGGAAGGAUUUGAUCGAUAAAUAUUUGUUCCCUAUUGAUCAAAAUAAGGAAGAACAGGCACGUAUCGCGAGCGAUUUGAAAGAUUUGCGUGACUCGUCUGUAUUCGGUUUCUUUAUGAUCAAUGCUUUGUUCGUCCUGAUUGUCUUCUUGUUGCAAUUGAACAAAGAUAAUUUGCACAUAAAAUGGCCUUUGGGCGUCAAGACGAACAUCACAUAUGACGAGAUCACUCAAGAGGUUCAUAUCUCGAAGGAAUAUUUGCAGUUGGAGCCUAUUGGUCUCGUGUUCGUGUUCUUCUUCGCUCUGAUUUUGAUUAUUCAGUUCACUGCUAUGUUGUUCCAUCGAUUUGGUACUUUGGCUCACAUUUUGGCAUCGACGGAAUUGAAUUUGACGUGUCAGAAGAAACCUGAGGAAUUGUCACAAGAUGCGCUGAUUGAUAAACACGCUGUCGAAAUCGUGAAGAAUCUCCAACGUCUCCAAGGCAUCGACGGAGAUUACGACAACGAUUCCGGAAGCGGACCUGAUCGAAUUGCGCGUCGUCGAACAGUUCACAACUUGGAAAAAGCUUCGAAACCUCGUCGCCAAAUUGGAACUCUCGAUGUUGCCUUCAAGAAACGUUUCUUAAAACUCACUGCGGAAGAAAAUCAGAACGGAAACCCCUUGUUUACACGUCAACUCUCGAUGCGUCGCGAGACAAUUCGCGCCUUGGAAGUUCGCAAAAACUCCGUGAUGGCAGAAAAACGUAAAAGUCAGAUGCAAACAUUGGGCGCCAACAACGAAUAUGGCGUCACAACGAAUGCAAAUCGCCCAAUGAGACCCUCGAUUGCGGGAAGUGUCAUUAACAUCAAGGAAGUUUUUGACGUAAAUGGCGGACCCGGAUCACAAAUUUACGGCUCGAAUGGCGGCGCGAUUUAUGGCACAACGGGAAAUGUCAAUCAAGGAUAUGAACACGUUUUGGAUGAUGACGACAGAAAUUCGUUGAGACUGACGCCGCGCACACAAUGGAACAAUUCAAAUGGUCGAUUAUAG